AGGUUUGUGCCAGAGAAGUUUGAGGAGAUAUUUAAGCAGCAUGCAAAUCAAAAUGCAGAAUCCUUAACACACAACGAAGUGAAAGAACUGCUCAAGGCUAAAAGAGAACCAAAGGAUUACUUCGGAUGGGCAAAUGCUUCUGUAGAUUGGAAUUCUUUAUAUGAUUUAGGCAAAAAUAAGGAUGGCAUAUUGACGAAAGAAACCGUAAGAGCUGUCUAUGAUGGAAGCCUUUUCGAGCAAAAGGCAAGAGAGCAUGCUUCAAAGAAGUGACCCUAGUUCCAUAUCCUCGUUUGAUGUACAAUAUUGGUUGUUAAUUAUGUUGUUGUCUUCUGCUGUGAAUAAUACUUCUAUUCUUGUUGUUAUUUUUAUAAUUCUUUUAAUUUCUUCUCACAUCUCAAAAUUUUGAGAUGAGCAAUACAAAGAAAUAUGCAUUUUUA